CGUCAAAAUCAAAACCUGGAUCGGGUACCGACGAUUAUAUUCGCCGGGAUUUAAGAAAGAAGAAGAGAAAAUGCUGACCGCCGACGGAGAAAACGGCGUCGCCGCCCAUCCAAAGUUGCUACCGAAGCGCAUAAUCCUAAUUCGGCACGGCGAGAGCCAGGGGAACAAGGACGACGCCGCGUACACAGUGACCCCAGACUACAAGAUCCCGCUGACGGCGGAGGGAAUCGAGCAGGGGAGGCGGGCCGGGUCGCGGAUCCGGCGAGUUCUCUCGGGCGGAGGCGGGGACUGGAGCGUGUACUUCUACGUGUCACCGUACGAGCGGACGCGGUCGACUCUGCGGGAGAUGGGCCGGGCCUUUCCUCGGAAACGGGUCAUCGGGGUGAGGGAGGAGUGCCGGAUCCGGGAGCAGGACUUCGGGAACUUUCAGGUGACGGAGAGGAUGAAGGUGAUCAAGGAGACGAGGGAGAAGUUCGGGCGCUUCUUCUACCGAUUCCCGGAAGGCGAAUCGGCCGCCGACGUUUUCGAUCGCGUCUCAAGCUUCUUUGAAUCGCUAUGGAGGGACAUAGACAUGCAGAGGCUGCAGGGAGCGGAGCAGCAGCAGGACCCAAUGGCGGGGGCGGCGGGGGAGUUGAAUCUGGUGAUGGUGUCCCACGGGCUGGCGCUGCGGGUGUUCAUGAUGAAGUGGUUCAAGUGGACGGUGGAGCAGUUCGAGCGGCUGAACAACCUCGGCAACUGCGAGUUCCGGGUCAUGCAGCUCGGCAGCGGGGGCGACUACAGCCUCGCCGUGCACCACUCCCCGGAAGAGAUGCGCGCCUGGGGACUCUCCCCCGAGAUGAUCCAAGACCAGACGUGGCGUGCUUCUGCCCCCAGAGGCUCUUGGAAUGAGAAAUGUCCCUGGUACCUUGAUGCCUUUUUCGACACCCAUCAUGCUCCAGAAGAACAAUUCCAAGAUGAUGACAAGGAAGAAGAGGCGACCCUUGAGGAGGAGCUGGAGCUUCAACUACGUGAACAGAAUGACUCCCUUCGCGACCUCACCGAAGCUCUCUCUUCUGAUCCUUCUAAUCUCGAACUCAUUUCGGUUCAAGAAGAGCUUAUACAGUCUGUUAAAGAAGUGGAGGAAGGGCUUCUUCACUUGAAACAGGCAAGAUUACUUAGAGAAGUAAAUGCUUCUAUAAAAUGUUCCAAAAGUUUUUCGGAGGAUGCCGUGGUUGAGUCUCUUGAUACGAAAGAUGCUGAAGCGCUUUCAGAUGUCGGUCAACAUGACUUAAAUGAUGAAGUAGAACUACUCGUGGAUCAAAAGUAUUCUACCGGAUCUAAAUGUAGGUUCCGCUUUACUGAUGGGCGGUGGUAUAAUGGCCUGAUUGUUCAGUUGGAGGGUUCUCAUUCUGCUUUAGUUUCAUUCCUGACUCCUACAUCUGAAAGCAUGCUGAUGUGCCAGUUCUUUCUACAGAAGCGUUGUCGGUUUGGUAGUAGUUGCCGCUUAUCACAUGGUAUCGAUGUCCCAAUAUCUUCCUUAAAGAAGUUUGUUCCUACAGUAUGGGGUCCGUCUAUGGUAGGGUACAGUAUCUGGGCUCUGGAAGAGGGCAAGAAUGGGCUUUGGAGAGAAGCUGAAUUGGAGUCGUGGGAUGAGAAUCUCAAGCUUGGCCAUGUCGUAUUCCGGGACACGGGAAAAUCCUCUAAACUUGGAACUGAAGCAAUUACCCUUUCGGAGCAUGCAGAGUUGAGCGAUGAAGAUGAAGAGACUUCCUCUGAUUCCACUAGUAGCGACUAUGAUCAGGAGGAUGUGGAUUCAGCAGCUCUUCCACAAGGGCUGGGGUUUCUAGAGAGUACGAACCAGCAAAGUGGGAUCCAGACAGAAGUCACACUUUUUGCCAAGUGGGAGAAUCACACGCGCGGUGUGGCUUCUAAGAUGAUGGCGAACAUGGGAUACCAGGAAGGAAUGGGCUUAGGCUCUGCUGGACAGGGGAUGCUGGAUCCCAUCUCUGUGAGAGUUCUACCUUCAAAACAAUCCCUUGACCAUGCCUUUGAAGCCCAGAGAAACGAACAAGUCAAUGGACCUAAAAAGGGGAAGAAACGGAGUAGGGGCGGGAAGAGGAAACGGGAAAAGAAAUACGCAGAAGCAGCAAGAGCAGCGAGAGAGGAAGGAUCAAAAUCUGACAUGUUUGCACUCAUCAAUUCCCAGCUUUCUGUUCACGCUGAGAUUCUGAGAGGGACGAAGAAGCACAUGACGACCAACAAUAAUAAUAGCAAUGGUAAGGAGAAGGGUGGGGAGGAGGGGAAGAGAGAAGGAGGGAGGCGAGGCCUGCUGGCUUACGAGGACGAGAUAAAGGAGCUGAAGAUGCGGGCAGAGAAACUGGAGGAGAUGGCCAAUAGGAACCGGAGGGAGAAGGCGGUUUACGAUGCUGUGAUGAGGAAACUCAAUGAGACUCGGAGUGCUUUGGCGGAUGCCGAAGCUGCCCGCACUUGUGCUUCCACCCAACUUCUCACCAAGGAAAAGGAGAAGAGAUGGCUCAAGUUCUGAACAACAACAAGAAGAAGAAGACGAAUACAGCACCUAAUCUUCU